GGUUAGUACCGAACCUUUACAUCUCUAACCUACUUGCGUGCGACACUACAUGAGUGCCCCAGAUAUUGCUUUUACAAGUCACGGAUUCCAUGGUGCCUUUGCAGAGAUCGGAGAGUCGGUUCACCGAAUAUGCCAAGUGACUUCCUCUCCAAAGUGCCAUUCUCUGAUGGUCUUAGUCUAACUCAUUUUACUGAAGCAGGUAUCAUUAUUUUAGUUCCUAGCUUUCGGACCCCUGUGUAUCACCGGCUGUGUUGCAAAUGGUGCCUAUUAUGUAGUCUGAGCUACUGCAUUUGUGUCCAGGUUGUGCCUUUUCCCGACAACACCGUCGAUGUCAGACGCUGGAUGGAUGGUGGCGGUCAGACGUGCCUUUCAGGAACUCGAAUCGGCCAUUCUCAACACCGGUAAGAAGGUAUAAAAGAAGAUGAUGCAGGUGUCUUUGGCUUCGCAGAACAACUUCUCAAGACAUUGAGCACACUUCUCAAACCCCAUUAUUUCCUCAGUUUCUAUUCAUAUCAACCAUGGACUCGGAACGAACCGCGGGUGAAGCUCUUAUCCAAAGAAUGCUUCAGUAUGCUUCAAGCAUCGUUCGUGCCUUCGUUAGGGACUACCGGGAUGCCAGACUCACCGAAGAUGCCGAUUUCUUCAAGAAGGUGGACUAUAACGACUUGGUGGCGAGCGAGCUUGGCCUUACAAAUCAAUUCAUUGUGGCUCUUGCUAAGGCCUUCCGCGAUGACACUCAAGCGGACCUUGAUGUCAAGAAGGGCAUUCACCUUCAGGUGGACCAGUCCACUCACGAAUCACGCUACGGACAUGAUUUUCAUCUGUCUUACACGGUCGGUACGAAGAAAUACUUUGUCUAUGUGCAAGCAAAGUGUGCAGUUCCUGACGGAGACAAAGAUUAUAACCCAGAUACGGAUUUCCUAUAUAAUCGGGAAGGAGAAAGUAAAAUUCCAAUGGGAACUGCUUCGGAACUGUGUCGUAGAACAUACCCUCUGCGGGAAAGAUAGCAGUAAUGAGCGACAUAUUGCACUGUAUGCCGUUUACGCCCCGGCAGAGGUCUACUUUGUGCCUGUUGGUCGUUUGCAAGAGAAGAUAACUUGGACCGACAAUAAUAAGACCCUGUCUGCGUCACUCCUAUACGGUUCCGAUGACACCUCCGAGAAGAACGUACUUGUGGACGAUGCCGGCAUGUGUAAUCUGCUGCAGAAAUUGGAGAAUAAGGAGAUGGGUUUGGAAGGUCUGUUUGGUGGCGAAGAAUAUUACACCGUGUUGAAAAACCUGAACACGAAGUGGCGCGCUAUCUUUGGGAUCACAGAGGAAGAGUCUUAAGCUUGAUCGCAAAGCCGACGUGCUUGACAUUGUGUUUUCACUUCGGGAUUCCUGGACAAAGAUUGUAGGCGAAGUCGAUUGUCUAGACCGCUUAUCUGUAGGUAACAUGCAACCUGGAUUGAAUCAACACCAUCCAAUCCCUAUACUUAUAAGCGGCGAUGUAAGACUUUGCGGCAAAUCAAAUUUACGAAACCUG